GCGCGCCGUGCGUCCUGGGCUCGGGGGCGCGCUCGCUGGCCUCCGGCUCGUUCGUUCCGGAGUCGGCCUAGAGCUGCGGGAGCGGGAGGACCGUGUAGCCCGCCAUGUUCUCCUUGGCGCUGCGGGCCAGGGCGACCGGCCUCACCGCUCAGUGGGGGCGACAUACAAGGAAUUUGCAUAAGACAGCAGUGCAACAUGGUGCUGGAGGAGCCUUAUUUGUGCAUAGAGAUACUCCUGAGAAUAACCCAGAUACUCCAUUUGAGUUCACACCAGAAAACUAUAAGAGGAUAGAUGCAAUAGUGAAAAUCUACCCCGAAGGGCAUAAAGCAGCAGCUGUGCUUCCAGUCCUGGAUCUAGCUCAAAGGCAGAAUGGAUGGUUGCCCAUCUCCGCUAUGAACAAGGUGGCAGAAGUUUUACAAGUCCCUCCAAUGAGAGUAUAUGAAGUAGCAACUUUUUAUACAAUGUAUAAUCGAAAGCCAGUUGGAAAGUACCAUAUUCAGGUCUGCACUACCACACCUUGCAUGCUUCCAGACUCUGACAGCAUAUUGGAGACCCUGCAGAGAAAGCUUGGAAUAAAGGUUGGAGAGACUACACCUGACAACCUUUUCACUCUUGUUGAAGUGGAAUGUUCAGGGGCCUGUGUAAAUGCACCAAUGGUUCAAAUAAGUGGUAAGUACUCUGAGGAUCUGACACCCAAGGAUAUUGAAGAGAUUAUUGAUGAACUCAGAGCUGGGAAGAUUCCAAAACCUGGGCCAAGGAGUGGCCGCUUCUGUUGUGAGCCAGCUGGAGGCCUUACUACUUUGACUGAACCACCCAAAGGACCUGGCUUUGGUGUACAAGCAGGCCUUUAACUUAUAUUCAACUGUAAAAAUGUCACUGGAGAAUAAAAUAUGAAUUCAUAAGCUUUA